AUGACAGCAUUCGAAGAGUUUGGCGUAAUUCCGCAACUUGGUGAAGCUGUCUCGCUACUUCAUUGGGAGUGAGUGCUCAAAUAGCAUAUUUUUCGAUUCGUUUUUGUUUUAAUUCGCAGACGGUUUUCAGGUUUCCCACUCCGAUUCAGUCUGAAGCAAUUCCAGCAAUUCUCGGAGGUGGCGACGUUCUUAUUGUAAGCUCGAUUCUUUUAAGCUUUGUUCAAUUGUUUCAAGGCGGCUGAAACGGGAAGUGGCAAGACUGGUGCUUUUUGUCUUCCUGUUGCCCAGGUUGUAUGGGAAAGAAGAAAAGAUGCUUUGGACCCUAAAGAGAAAAGUUUAUUUUACAUGGUACCUGUUGUAAAAUAAUUUUUUCCGAACGACAUGUUGCCGAGAAGUUUGCUUUGAAUAUGGCGGAUCGGGACGCCGGCCUUUCAAUAGGCCCCGACGGGUUGUCCUGCGAAAGUCGCGUAGCCAAAUCGUGGUUCGGCUCGCGGUGCCAUGCAGGACUUCACACUAGAGGUUUUGCUGAUUAAUCACUAGUUUCACGCUUUCUUUCAGGAAAAUACUACUACGAAGUGAAAAUUGCUCGCGAUGGUCUUUGCCGUAUCGGCUGGUCUGCGCCUACGGCUUCUCUGAAUAUUGGUUCGAUCUCUUUCUCUUCGGAGAUAUAUUAAAAUUCAGGAACUGACGACAAAAGUUUCGGCUUUGGAGGAACCGGAAAAAAGAGCAAUUCGAGGAAGUUCGACGACUAUGGUACUUCAUUCACAACAAAUGACGUCAUCGGAUGCUACCUCGAUCUAGACAACCUGGAAAUGUGGUGAGCACCUACUCUACUAUCACGUGGAUUAAAAAAGUGAGUCAGGUGGUCAAAAAAUGGCGAAGAAUUCCCGCGGGCGUACAAUUUGCCAAAGGUCUUUGCCGAUCCGUCGAUGGCGUUGCAUCCGGCAGUUCUUGUUCAAAACUCUUCCCUCAAAGUCAACUUUGGAGACUCGCCUUUUGAUUUUCCUCCGAAGAAGGUUAUUCUUCAGUGAAAAAAUAAAAUGCAGAUGCAUAUUUCCAGGGAUUUGUCGGCGUUUCAUCGGCUUCGAAAGAAUGCAUCAAUUGGUGGAAACCAGGUGUCGCGAGCUCAGAAGCCGCGGUAAGUCCUAUUUUUGUUUGGAGAGUACUCUUCUCUUAGGAUCAACGCUCACCACUGUGCGUGAUUUUGGAACCCACACGAGAGCUGGUGGAACAGACCCACAACAACCUCAUCACUUUCGCCAAGAAACUCGAAAACCCACCAGUCAGGUACAGGCUCACCAGGGUGCUGAUGAGGGUGGCCCAGCCGUGCUAACACGGGGUCUCAUGGGGUGCCCCGACCUCUAAAAAAAGUUGCGGUGCACCCCGCGUCGAACCCUCGGUGCACCCCGCAGUGUAACCAGGGGUGCCAUAUGCCUAUUAAGGUACUUAUUCCGUACACGACUUUGUUUCCAUUCAAGGUGUGUCUCUGUGGCGGCGGGCGUGAACAUGGCCAAGAUGGUGGCGACGCUGAACGAAGGCGCUGACAUCGUCACGGGAACGCCGUCGCGGAUCGUCGACCUGGUCCAGUCGCGACAGCUUUCUCUUUCCGCUCUGCAGUUCCUGGUCAUUGAUGAAGCCGUCAGUUUCAACUUCCUCUCAAAAUUUUGCGAAAUUAUUAGCAUUCUGUACAAAAACUAUUUUGAACUGAUUAUAGUACAGUACUUUCAUAUUUUUCUUAUACAACUCAUUUUAAUUUUUACGAGCUGUUUUAUUUGUGCUGAUUUGAUUGAAAAGUCUCCUCUCAGGACCAAUUUCUAAUGGACAAGGGUGGUGCGGCGAAGCUAAUCGACACACUCUUCAAUAAUCUUCCUUUGCUUGCUUCUGAUGGCUCACGUCGUCAAGUCAUCGUGUGUUCAGCGACUCUGCAUAACAUGGAGAUUGACAGAUUUGCCGUGGGUCGCACUUGUGCUGACCAGAGGAUUCAGUGGAGUUCAGGACCGUUACAUGUCCUUCCCGCAGUGGAUCGACCUCAAAGGGAUGGACAGCGUCGCCGAGACCGUCCACCACGUCGUCUGCUACGUCGACGCCUUCUCCGAUAAACAGUGGAUCCGCAUCAGACAUCAGCCUAACCAUCUCGAGGUUUUCAGAUACAUUUCAUUUCUAACUAGGGAAUCUGGCAUAUAUAAAUCUUUCGGUCUUUACCAAGACUCCCAGGGACAUUCAUCCAUUUUUCGUUUUUGUGGAGAGUUUUGUAGUCGAAAAAAGGGAGAGGCUCAAAAAAGGCCCGAGAAAGGCAGCAAAAAGAGUCCCUUUAUAGAGGCUUUGAUUUUUUCUAGGAUUUUAAAGGCUCAAGAAAUGGUGAAAAAAGGGAAAGGUAGAAAAAAUUGUAGCAAAAAAGAACCUCUUCCUGGAACCAAAAAUGGUACCAAAAAGGGAACCUCUUCCUGGAACCAAAAAUGGUACCAAAAAGGGAACCUCCCCCUCUAGCCAAAAAUGGUACCAAAAAGGGAACCUCCCCCUGGAACCAAAAAGGGAACCUCCAACUGGAACCAAAAAUAUUACCAAAAAGGGAACCUCUCCCUGGAAAAGGAACCAUUUCCAACUUUGCCUAUGCAAUUUCUUGAUAACAACGGAAUAUUUUCAAGGACGAUCACAUCCACGACAAAGAUGAAAUCCGAUGUGGAACUGACGAAAAGAAUACAUUGUCGCUUGGCACCAAAAUUUUGAAAGGAGUCUACGUUUUGCAGGUUUUUUUGGAGCUUAUUUUUUUGAUGAAUCGACUUGUUUGAAUUAGGCCAUCAAAGCGCUGGAAAUGGACAAAGCGAUGAUUUUCUGCCGGACGAAGCAGCAGUGCGACCAGAUGGAGGCAUACAUGAAGAUGAACAGUGAGUCCUUACCUCGCUGUUCUUGAAAUUCUCCUCUUGAGACGUGGACGCGAUUUGCCUUCACGGUGAUAGGUCGCCAGAGGAACGUUCAAAAUCUCUUCACGCAUUCAAGGUCCGUUUUCUUUUCUAUCAAUUGGAGAAUGAGUCUAGGAACUCCAGAAUGGUCCCUAUAGGGCAAACUUAGAGGCCCUUGGAGAGCCUCUCUACGAACCACUUUGCCAACCCAUAUAGAGCCCUUAACGCUUGAAAAGUUGUUUUCCAUAGGGAAAAAGCUAGUUGAUAUUUUUUAUGAAUUCUAUGCAAAGAAGCAUUUCCAUGCGAAAAACUAAAUAAAUAAGCGUUUGAAAGACCCCUACAGAGACCAUUUGAGAUUUAGGAGCUAAAGAGUCAGACACUGAACCUCUAUAGGGACCACCUUGAUUUUACCUCUAUGAGGACUACUUUUUCGGCCCCUAUAGGGGUUGUUUAUUUCUCUUAACCCUAUAGGAAUCACUCAGAAAUUCCUAAGCUACCAACAUUUCUUAAACCCCUUGCUUUGGUCGAGGCGGGGAUCGAAUUUGUGACCUUGUUUUCCAUGAAAGAUUUCGUUGCAGAACGAUCAAGUCCGAUUUUUGAUUUGCACAGAUGUUGCCGCUCGUGGAAUCGAUGUACACGGAGUUCCAUUUGGUUUCUUUUUUUUCUCUCGCGAUUCCAACUUUUUUUGAUUUUCCAGUUAUUAACGUCACUUUGCCUGAUGAAAAGUCGAUGUACGUUCAUCGAAUUGGCCGUGUUGGGCGAGCUGAACGGUUUUUACUUGUAAUGAUUGAGAAAUUAACAUGAAAACCCAGAAUGGGCUUGUCCAUUUCCCUGGUGUCGAGCCACGAAGAGAAGGUCUGGUUCCACAAGUGUCGUUCGCGCGGCGGCGUCGCCUGCAGCGACACCCGCGACUUGGCGAAGGGUGGCUGCUCGAUUUGGUACAAUGAGAAGAAGGUGAGUGCGACGCAAGAAUGUGAACUGACGCGAGUGAUGUCGCAGUUGCUCUCGGAGAUCGAAGAACACCUGGGCGCGACGAUUGCCGAGGUCGACACCGACUUCCGAGUCCCCGUCGAUGAGUUCGACGGCAAGAUCGUCUAUGGAUCACGGCGGACCGAAGGUGCGUGGGAGAUCUUUUUUUUUUGUUCGAAAGCUCAACAGAUGGCGUUCUUUUUCAUUGGACGGCUGGUGCUAUGAAACAAACACGCGAACAGCGUAAAAAUCUGACACUUCUAAAAAUAAUACUGGCAAGCUUUUGCGGUCUAUGUCAAGUUGGAAUGGUCAUGGAAUAUUGAAUAUAAACUUGAAUUUUGCGGCUAGAACUUUUUUGACGUCCGUCUCCUACUAUAAAAGUCUUCAGAAAAAGAAAAAAAAAUCAGCUCGUGAUUUUUGAGCUCUUCACUAGGAAAGAUUUAGGGUAUCUGAGCUCAAAAAAAUAACAGUUUGAAUUUUAGAGUUUAAAGCUCAAACUUUUGAGUCAUUUUUCGUUCAUUCGUAACUCGGGCAAAGUCGAAAUAGGGAACAAUGACCUCUGAAAGAGAGAGGCUCAAAAAAGGUUGCAGAAAGGCCGCAGAAAGGCAAAAAAAACCCUUCAUCGAGCCUUCCAUUGAGGCAGCAAAAAAGAUGCAUAAGAGCCGUUGAAAUGGCGCAAAAUGGCAACAAAAAAGAACCUUUGCCACCCUAAAAGGGACAUUUUUAUGGAGCCUUUUUCCAUCCUUUUUGAUCCUUUUCGGAUCGAACUUCACUAUGAUUGUUUUUUGAAUAAACUUCAAAGUUUUUCCUAGACUUUUUAGUUUAAAGUGUCACUGAGCUGAAAUAGUCAUUGACCCAUUAUGAAAUCUUCUCGUCUUUGCUCUUAAACAAUUGAUUAGUUUUCUUUCUCUUCAAGUUUUUCCUCAUUAUAAUAAAUCUGACUCAAAAAAUGUUCAAAGUGGACAUGACACAUGUUUAGGUGCAACAUUCGCUGGCCACGCGCCAGAACUGGCAACGGCGGUCGCCCAACUCGCAGAUCUCGAAACUUCAAUGCAACUCGAGUACCUCCGGAAUGUUUCUUCGCUGCAUUCCGGGAUGAAAGUCCUGUAG